CUGAUUCAAUAAAAUCACUGUCAUUAGCGGGAAACGAAAUAUUAAAACAUUGUAAUUUGUAAUAAAUGUAUUCUUUGAAUAUUUGCAUGUUUGAAAGCAAGAAAUCUAUUUAAAGAACAUUUUUGAAUGUUGUGUUUAAUUUAAUUUAUUACGCAAUUUUUGUGAACCAUGUUCGAGUGGGCUUACAGUGGUGCAAACAGAGCUGUUCCUAGAAAUGUUGGCCCUGAGUGCGCUUAUUUUUUAACGCCUCAACGAAAGAUUAUUGAGACGAUUAUCGUGACUUCUAUAUGUAUUUAUGUCUUGAUUAAGACAUAUCCCAAAUUAAAAAUUCCUCACGAUGUAAAUUAUACGAAAAGUGACAGAGGAGGCAAAAGGUUUCUUGUUAUCCUCUUGGCCUUGCUAUGGGGAAUGGAAAUUGGUUUUAAAUUUGCGUCACAUACUGUUAUUUAUUUAUUAAAUCCUUGCCAUGUAACUACUUUAAUGCAAAUUUAUUUAUUAGCCGCACCACCCAGCAACACAGUAACUGCAGUAUUUCGCAUUCAUUUGAACUUGUUGAAUGGACCACUUCUAGCAUUUUUGUUUCCUGAGACAGCAUCUAGAACAAUACUGGCAGAAGCUGCUCUUUAUUGGAUCCAACAUGGAAUGAUGUUUAUAAUUCCAUAUUAUCUUCUCAGAAUUGGAGGUGUAUACAACAUAGAACCGCUGGGUGACAUUAAUUGGUCUAUAUUCAGUUAUUGCCUCAACCUGCUUUAUCAUUUUGUUAUAUUACAGAUAAUCGCAAUUCCCGCCCAGGUCAAUUUAAACCACAUGCUCUGCCCAGCUAUAUUGGAUCCGUUCGACGGGCCGUGGUAUCGCGUGGCUGCAGUUAUUCACCAAGCAUUAUUAUGUCCGUUACUUUGUAAAUUUUAUUGUGUCGUUGCCGAAUUCUGCCUUACUAAAUUUCCACCGACUAAAGUUAAACCACAAAUGAAAGAUUAUCUUCAAGAGAGUAAACCUAUUGAUCGUCAGGUUGUAAACACUCAUAACGAUUAAUGUUAUAGUGAAUAUAUGCAUUUUCUUUCUAAGGCUGUAAUCCCGUUGAAGGGUGCCUAGAUUGUUGAACUAAAUUGCCUAAGUAGUAAAAAACGAUAUUUCAUCGCGUCCAUUUCAUUUUGGUGAUUAUGAUAGAAUUAAAUAUUAUAAGAAAAUUGCUUUAGAUAGUACAAGUAAUAAAGAAUAGUAUAAAAUGCAGAUACACCGAACUUUAUAUGUAUACAGUAAUGUGUAAAUUAAACAGUUAUUCUAAAUGCUAACAACAAUACACGAUAAUUGUACAUUCAAAAUUUUAAUUAAUCAUAAAUCUAAAUGAAUAUUUUAUUUUUUUACAAAAGUAGCUUGUUAUGGGUUUUAAAAUAUAGUUAUCUGACGUUUCACAUUUAUUAUGUACAUAAUAAUGUACAGAUAUGCGACAGAAGUUUUGUCCCAAUAAUUAGUAUAUUUUGGCCAUCUACUUUAAUAUUAUAAUAGAUAAUAAUAAAACAAUGGAAAGAAGUAUUAAAUUACACGUAACAAUAAUUUGUUUUAUAGAGAGAGCUAAAUGUGAACGUCAUUCGACCUAGCCGACACGCGACCCGUAACUGAUUUAUACAGAAGAAUAAACAUUUUUUUCAUAUAUAAACGUGAAGAGGUCCGAUGACGGCCAUGGUGGACAUAGUCAUUAAUAUUAGAAAUAUACCAAAGAAAAUAGCAACCAGCACCUUGGGCAAAAAGCGCUCUUAUAACGAUUCUUAUCGACUCGGCAGUGCCGUCGCCUAAGGCCCGACUCUACAAGUCAGAGGACCUCGAAGAAGUUCUUCCCUAGUCCCCCUCCCUAAAAUCUUAUCUGAAUAUUCACUGCUUCCCACACACAAUCCAUUAAAGCGGGACGUUUUUCAAAUUCGCCUAUUAAUAACCCUGUAUCCUUUACAAACUUUUUAAAAUUACCCAGAAAACAAAAACACAUCCCGACGCAUCGAAAGCGCGCGCUCACCUGAAUAGCAGUAUGGCGAAUAAAAUACACAUAGCUAUAGACGCACGUCCAAUGCCUAUCUCCCAAACGGGGUUUAAAUAUAUACCAUUCAGUUUGUGCCACCUCGCCUGUCCCAUGUCUGGGUGCCUAUCUUGCGGAAACGAAAAAAGAGUCCUCAGAUAAUUUGUGCCGCAAUUACUUUAACUACGUAUGGCACCUUAGGCCAUGUCUUGUAUUGCUAUGGUUAUUUACAAAUCCACCCCUAGCAAUGGGCAGUAUCUUGGAUUUCCCGAUCUGACUCAACACAUUUCUUUCACGACUAUUCGUAGAAAUUUGUCCCCGCACGCCAGAACCGCCGUCUACCCCAAUGAGGUCUCUUUCGAUGCUACGAUAGCGCUGCACUCGUUCCGAACCGAGCACUCCACCUGUGUGGCACCUCACCUAGAUACCUUAAAUAUGAAUUCGUGUGUAAAAUUGUACGCAAUUAGGGCCACUGAUUUAAAUUGUACGUUAUUUGUGCGUCAGUGUGUGGGGUAGAAGAUUAAAGUACGUAUCUAAAUCGUUAUGAUUUGUACUAGGUUGGACGCCGUCACAGGCGAGUAAGAGAUCAUAGUUUUUUCGGCGUAAACACUCCCCAAUGUAUUUCUCAGCAAUUUAGGUGUUAAUGGAUUUUUAAUGUUUUCACUAUUUUAUUACUACUGAGCUAUACACACUUCAUAUAAUUCUAUUUAUUAUAAUUCAGGUGUGAUUUCUUAUGUUAAUGCAAAUGUUUGACAUUAAGAUAAAACUACUUUACGGGGAGUGAAAAUUAAACAAAUUUAUCGCGAAAAUAAUGGGCGCUGCGAAAAACAAGCCCUAAAGUAGUUUUAUCGAUAUCAUGAAACUUCUCUGAAAAGGAAAGGUAUACAUACUAUGUGAAUCAAAUAAAAUUAUUCAAUCGACGAUCCCGCAUUUGACCUUUGAUAUGUUUUCGUCAUUGUGUUAUACUAAUUGUCCUUAAUGAACGUAUAAAGAAUAGUCAAAUAUAGUUUUCAGGAAGAACACUAUAAUUAUGACCUAACAAUAAUUAUUGUUAUUAUAAUAGGUUUACAUGACGUAUUUUUUUUUAAUAUGUAAUUGUUAUGUUUUUUAUUAUGGUUCACUUCUAUCUCUUUUUGUUUUUAUUUUAAGGGUUUAGACACUUAAAAAUCAAUAAUUUAUUUUAUGAAUAGAAUUAAAAAAAAACAGCAUUUUUUCUUCUUAUUGACGCCGAUUACUUUUAAAAUCCCUAUCAAGAAGCGUAGAUUUAUGUGGUUGCCUUUAAAUGUUUGAAUUGGAAAAUGAGACUGCUAAUUUAAGCUGUUGCGGUGUACCGUGUGGGUAAGUACAAAAUAAAUAAGUGGGCCUAGUCGACAUGGUACUUAAAAAUUAAAUAUAAACAAAACUGCUUUAAAUUUUUUUUUUUUUUAUUUGGGUUAAUUGACUUUUAAAACACGAAAAAAGAAACAACAUAAACAUAUUUUUGUUUUAGUUUCAUUAUGCCAAGUUGUCUGUGAGUCAUUCUUUGGUCUCCGUGAAUCUUAAUCUUGUGAAGUGAUUUCUAACGUAUUAUUUGCCAGCCAAACUAAUUAGGGAACAUAACACUAAUAAAUACUCUUUAUGCAAAAACAUUACUUAAUUUUAAAUUAGGCACAGACUUCAAGAAUUUGUUAAUUGUAUAAUAUAAUCGUAAUGCUAUAAACCCUUCAAAGCAGAUUACA